AUGCCACUGAAUCUCAACCCUUCGCCCCGUCAAGCCAAUGAAACCCAGCUCAUCUCCUCUUUCUGGGAGACCUACUCCGCAAGUGCCACGCGAUACCCAGGUCCAAGGGAGCCGGCCUGGCUGUAUCGGUCAGUCAGCAGUGCGAUGACCGCGGCCGCACCCUCGGUGCUGCUCAAGCAAGCGCUACUCUCCCUCGCGUAUAUCCGUAUUGGCAGACUGGACGAUGACCAAGUAUUGAUCAUCAGGGGUCAGCAGAUCUACGGCAAUAGCCUGCGCUUGAUGCAGACCGCGCUACACGACCCGAAUCUCGCUCACAGCGACGAUAUCCUUGUCGCUGCGCGAUGCAUGGUCCUGUACGAGUCUUUCGAAUCCACGUCCGGGGACAUGGCUGCAUGGCAGAACCACAUUCUUGGGAUCUCGCGUAUCAUUCACCUCCGGGGUGUGCACCGGACCUGCGACCCCAUGUCCCGCUCGGUCCUCGAAUCGAUACGCUACAACGUGAUGAUUGUGUCGCUGAUGCGGAGCACCGCCUCGUUUCUCGGGGGGUCAGAAUGGUUGACCGUGCCGUGGGCGGGAGUUUCCAAGUCCCUUGAUCAGAGAUUAUUCGACUAUGGCUUCACAUUGGCCAACUUGAUGCAGAGGAGCGAGACGCUCUCGACGUCAACGUCAAAACCAGGCCCAUCCCAGCACCGACGCCAGCAACUCCACCAUUCAACCCCGGAGCGGCAGACCAUUAUUGAGAUCCUCGAGCAAACACUAGCAUGCUAUAUCGGCCUUGCGAACCUGCGCUUCGAGCUUUUAGCGACGCAGACGAAGACAUUGCGAGUCGCGAAUCCACCAUCAAUUCAGAACCAACAAUUGUAUAACGAGGACAACACCACCGACGAACAGGACAUCCAUCUCAAGCGCGCGGAUAACGACCCUCAAUCCAUAACCCUCGCCAUCCUCCUCGCUCUCGACCUGACGUUUUGCAUCUUCGCGAGCGCACUCGUCCAGCACCACUUUGGCGAUCAGGACCAUACAAGCCACUCGCACCACGAUCUCUUCGCCCAACUCGCAGUAUUUUUGGCCUCCACACGCAGACUACGACUAGGCCAGCAAUUGCUGCGACACGUCCAACUCUCCUGUGCUGCGCGAUCGGAACACCUGCGCCCAAGGGUCAUAUUCCCGCUCAACGUCCUGAGAUGGGAGAUGCGGCAUCGUCCAGCCGAGGCGGCGCAGGUGCGCGCGCUGUUCGAGGCUGUCGCGUCGAGAGGCAAGUUCCGGAUCGCGAGGGGUGUUCAGAACGCGGGGAAGAAGCUUGUGCCGGGGAUCGUCUUGGAAGCCGAGAGGUAA